AUGAACAUAGAUCAAUGCUCAAUAUCAUCAACAACCUCCACUUUGGUCGAAAAUUCAAAUCCAGUCCCAACUUCAUCCAAGAAGAAGAGAAAACAUAGGGAGGUAGUCAAGGAAGAAGUAGCAUAUGAACAGGAUGAAAUUAGAAGAGAAAUACCUCCUCAUUUAACUCGUCUUCAAUCGACUCCAUUAUCGUCUGUAUACAACGCUGCCAUCACCGUGAAUCAAAUAUCGAGUCUUGAGACUGAUCAAGGAGAAGAGGAGGUGUAUCCGAUACUAUCAGCUCUAAAGAGGAGGAGGCGAAAGCAGUCAAAAGAAGGAAAGGAUAGAUUAGAAGAAGGAGAUCAAUCGAAAGCAGUUUUAAUACCACAAACAGACAUACCUUAUUCAAUUAACGGCGAAACAUCUUCUUCCCUUUCAUCUUCACCUGGCGCCAGGAAGAUUCAUCAAGACGGAUCCGAAGUUGAACCCAUAAUCAUCAACGAUCCCAUGAUUUCUUCUUCUUCCCCUAAUGAAACUGAACGAUAUACCACUCCAAACGGAACUCUUCUCACUUUCCAAAAUGCUGGAACAUACCUCACUCAUUGGACACAAUCGAUAGGUCAACAGAAGCUACUAGUGGAAUACAAGAACAUCUUAACAGAAGAUUAUCAACCUCCAAUGAUACCGUCAAAGACAGCUUUGAAACGUAAAAUAUAUUCUGAUUCGGAGAGGAGAGAAGGUGAAAUAACACCAGAGAAAGAGGAAAAAGGAAAAGUUGAUGUCGGUCCUCCUAUCGGAUCGUUAAGAGAAUGUGAGAUCACUUUACCAAUGAUAGGUGUUAUUCGUUCUACUAAACCAUUACCUAAUGGAGGUUGGAGAAAUAAACAAUUAGCAAAACAAAGUGCUUCUUUCCAAUCUAUAAAAGAAUUACAUCAAAGAGGUCUUCUAGAUGAUUCACUUCGUCCUAUACCUGAACCUAAAGCCAAAUCCAUCCCGACUAACAACCAAGAUCCGAGUACAUUAUCAUCUGGAGCUGUGCACGAAAAGAAAUCACUCAAGGAAACUCAAAUGACAAGUAAAUCGAAAAGCUGUCAAAAUUGGGAUUUACAAAAACGACUCAUCCAUUCGAGAUUACCACCGUCACCUUCAGAAAAUAACUUAACUCCAACAGGUCAAUUAGGCAUUGGUAAUUAUCCAUAUGUCUCUACACCUUCUUUUUGGUCUUCCUGUCCCCAACUGGCACCAAAUGUAAUUCACGCUACCACCCUCCAAUUACUCUCGAUUUCCAGUCCAACUUUGUCUUUAGCAGACAAUCCAGCUCAACGAGAAGAAACAUGCAGAACAAUGUGUCUGCUAACCUCAAAACCAUUACCCGUCUCCAGUCAAGAAUUGGUUCUGAAUUUCGGUAAUCAAGCUGAGAUCAAAGCCAAAAUGAAAAUCACAAAUCACGGCAAAAUGAAAAGUUGGGAACAAGGAAAAUUAGAUCAUGUCUUGAAAUUCACAGAAAAAUUAUUGAGAGCUCAAAUGCAAAAACCUUUUAAAGGUAAUUUGAAAGAUUUGAAAUGGCUUAUAGUCCCUCUCAAAUUGGACCAUCAAUCGAAAGCCAGCGAUUCGAAGAAAUUACAAAGAAGGGAUAUAUCUUGGGAAGAAAUUUCAAGUAUUGCUAAAGGACCUUUAUUCACUCCUUUCAAUCUGGCUGAUCCCGAUAUAUUACACAAACAAUGUCAAGAUGGAGUCAUUACUACUCCAGCUGAAUUUGCCAAAAGAAAUUACAUAAAAUCCGUUCGAACAGAUUUGAAACCAUCUUCAUCCCAUCCUCUUCUUCCCGAUAAAACCAUUCUCGCAACAAUCAACCCUCUUUCAUCAUUAGAUUAUCCUGAUCAACCUAUAUUGGAAGUUGAAUCCGUUUUAUCACCCAAAUAUGGAGGACAUGUAAUCGGUACAAUAUUCCCAUCGAGAUCUGAAAAAUCUUAUCACAUACCUGAACUUGUUAAACUUCAUUCUAUCCCAGCCAGUGUUUUCAGGACAACUUCAAUUUUACCUCAAUUCUUCAAUGAGCUCGACUCAUUGUUGAUCGCGACGCAGAUGAAUAAUGAUCUUUUCGAUCGCUUGCUCGACCCCAAAUUAGCUUUACAAGCUAUAACAACUUCGAGUUCAAAUUAUGAUAUUGAAAGCCAUUAUGAGAGAUUAGAAUUUAUAGGUGAUACAAUACUCAAAUUGAUAGUCACUAUUCAUUCAUAUGUGAAUGAUACGGAGAUGGGUAAAAAUCUGGAACAAUCUUUCCAAGAUAGACAUGUCACCACUUCCAAUAGAUCUCUGCAAGAUAAUGCCAUCAAAGUAGGCUUGACGAGGUAUAUUAGAAGUAAGAGGUUCAAAGCGAAAGAUUGGUUGCCAAAAGAUUGGGCUGUGGAUUGGAAUGAAAACGGUGCUCCGGGAGGAAAUUCAAGUAUCACGAAGAUAUCUAGUGAUACAAUAGAAGGCGAACACGAUUUGGGUGAUAAAGUUCUCGCAGAUGUUCUUGAAGCCCUCAUUGGCGCAUCUUAUCUUGCGUCAAGAGAUCUAGAUGAGGUCCUAUCUGUAGCUCAUGUUCUUGGAAUUCCAAUCAAAGGCUUGCAAAAAUGGUCUGAUUUAUCUUACGCUUUACCUCCCCCAACGACGACGCAAAGUACCAAAGAGGCGAAUUACAUGAAUUUCUUCAAGUCAAAAGAAAAUACUAUUCUGGGAUAUGAAUUCAAAGACGAAUCUAAAAUCAAUCAAGUCCUUAGUCUCGACAUGACUGUACCGGGCAGGAAAAUGACCUUUGAUAGAUAUCGAAUGCUGGGCAAUGCAAUUUUGGAUUAUCUUGUGGUCGAGUACUUGUUUGAUAAUUAUCCAGAAGAGGGUCCAGCUCCAUUGACUUUUAUGAAGGCAUCGAGGUGUACCGAGGGCGUCCGAUCGGCUCUCUCCGUUGAGCUUGGCCUAGUCGAUCUUCUUCGUGACAGCGAUGAUCAGACUCGAGUGCAGAUAGCCAAGAUUCGAAAAGCCACCAAGGCAGCGAAAACUAAAGCAGAUGCUCUUAAUUCAGAAAAUGAUAUUAAUGAGGUUGUGGCGUCGGAAUGGUGGUUGGAUGUCGCAGUAACUCACACCACUUCCGAUCCAUUAGAAGCUUUAAUAGGAGCUAUUACUCAUGAUGCUUCUUUUGAUCUAUCACCGAUCCGAAUUAUAUUCAGUAAACACAUCUCGCCAUUCUUAGAGAGAUAUUGCUCGCCUCCAAGAAAACAAUCUUCUCACCCUAAAGAUGAAAUGAUUAGAUACUUAGCAAGUAAAGGAUGUUCGCACUAUUCAGUCGAGAGAGUUUUCCACGAUGAUUCGGAAGAAGCCAUAGUGAAUAUUCAUGACAAGGAAAUCUCAAGAGCCUCUGUUGUGUCUGGAAUGGGGGUGAUAGCAAUCAAAAAAGCUUGUGAGAUUGCUUUGAACCUCUUGAAAGCCGUAAAUUCGAAUGGGAUCGGAUUGGAAGGGAUGUGUACCUGCCCAGGAAGGAAGAUUGACAUCGUGAAGAAGAGUGGUAUCUGA